GAUCAUGGCUGUUUGCAAACCCAGGGAGACAGUAGAGGUUGACAAGGACCACCUGUGUUGCUGCAUAUGCACCAAUCUGCUCACAGUACCCAAGAUGUUAGGCUGCGGUCACACGUUCUGCAGACAGUGUCUUCAGAACUACAUAGAGCACCAGAAGGAGGCCGUACAGCUAUGCGGCUUCGACUGUCCUCUGUGUAAACAGUUUACUACAAUACCAAACCCAGUUGCUGGAUGGGCAGACCAGUUUACGACAGACUUCCGGAUUCAAGCCAUCAUUGGCAAUCCGCCUGACCCUGCUAACAGUCGUGAUAUUGCAGAAGAUUCAACCAGUUUAAAAAUGAGAAAUGCUGCAGCAGAGAAACAAAAGUUCACCCUAAAGAAUACUGUUAGAAUUAAGGCUAAUGGAGAUCAACAUAAACCAAAGUUAACCGAUGUAAUUGUCCUGUACCAGGAAGGCGGAGAGGUCAUCGUUAUUUGUGAUAACGCAAAUGUAUGUGUGAAGGCAUUCUACUUCGAUUCACAUAAAGAUAUGGAGUUAACUAGUAAACUAAUUAUUACUGAAACUAAUUACCAUCCUCAUAAAGUAGCAAAAAUAAACGAAACCCAAAUUGCUGUUUCCUGUUUUCAAAGCACAAAAAUAUUUAUUAUAAACGUUAAUAAUGGUCUCAGUAUCCACACGACAAUAGACACUGGGGUGUUGAAUCGAAGUAUUGCAGUUGUCAGAAAUCAAACCAAGUCUUCACCCGACAUUCGACUGGUAAUAGGCUAUGACAGAGGAAUGUCGAUUAUUAAUAUGAGCGGGGUUGUCAUCAAAACGAUGGAUGUAGAUAUUUGUGGUGAAACAUACAUACAACAACCAUGGUACCUAGCAGUAACACCUGCUAAUAAUAUAAUUGUUUCAGACAAAGAAAAUUGUCUGCUUUGUAUAUCGCAGAAAAGGGAGGUAUUGUGGAAAUACCCAACACAAAAUCCAAUGGGCGUGGACUGUGAUACACAAGGAAACAUAUACCUUGCAACAGGCAGUGAAAACAAGGUGGUUCUCCUGUCACCCAAUGGAGUUUUCCUCAAAGACAUACUGAUAAAUAAUGACAACAUAGAAGAACCAUAUAGAGUUUUCUUCGACCACGUGAAAGAACGAUUAUACAUAGCAGAACACAGAGGUUUGAUAAAGGUGUUUGGACUUGAGGGAUAAAUUAACAAUGAAUAUUUCUGACGAUGAAGUAUUUCAAGACCGUCAUUAGUCCCAACCAAUCAGGCGUCAUAAGCGGUGAGAGGCGUAUCAGGAAGAGUUGCACUGGCCCCCAAUCUCUGAAUAAUUCAUUACCACCUCCCGCCUUUGGAUGGCGAAUAAAUACAUUACCGACUCUCUAGUUGUUGGCAUCUCCCGACGCCUAUAUUAUGUCAAUGAAUAGUUCAUCCAGAUAGCUUAUUUAAAUAAGACAUACUAUUUCAAACACUUAGCUUAGUUAAAUAAGUUAAUUAACAUAUGCUAAAUACAUUAACAUAGCUUACCGGGGUAACUGAAUAAGUUAACAAAAAAACUCAAAACUAUCAGCAGUUGUUAUUUGUUCCUAAAUUGUUAUUAAAUUUUUAUUAUUAGAUAAAUGUUUAUUAUUUAAUUUUAUGUACAUCCAAUGGGACACCAUCCACCUUCUAAGUUAGCUACAUAGACAUGGUUGGAGAAAUUUAUUGAGGUUGAUACGAACAUCAAGAGGUAAUUUUAGCCUACACAUGGUAUCAGUACGUUAACUCAUCCUUUGGAAUUAGCAAUUGAUGAAUUUAUUUUUACUCGUUAUUUCAGUGCAUAUUAUGCAGCUCUAAAAAGCAAAAUGCGAUGUCAACAUGUUACAAUACGAUAAUUAUAUAACAUCCAUACUCAUUGGUGACAGUUUCUCCCAAAUACUCGGGGGUGCGAUGGGACAACAAAACAACCUCUCCCCAACAAAAUAAACUUCGUUAAGUUCAUUAUCAGUAAACUGAUACAACAAAUAUUGCUAAAGUUUGUUUUGUUUAACAAUACCACUAGAGCACAUUGAUUUAUUAAUCAUCAGCUAUUGGAUUCAAACGUUUGGUAAUUUUGACAUAUAGUCUUCGAGAGGAAACCCGCUACAUCUUUUCCUUCUUUUAUAUGCACCAUCCCACAGAUAGGAUUGCACAUACCACUGCCUUUCGUAUACCAGUCGUAGUGCACUGGCAGGAAUGAGAAAUGUAAAUGGAUACAGUCAGAAAAUGUAAAAAAAUUGAUUGGUAAAAUACCCUGGUUACACGGAAGAAUGUUUUCGUAUUAUGGCAAUUAGCUGUGAAGUUGUUUCUAACCUUCAUCAAGUACAUCAACCCAUGAAGAAGCAGACACCUGCAUGAUAAUUUAUGCAUUUCCAUGAUCUCAUGCAGCAGGAAAAGACUCAAGCAGCCAUGCUAGUCGCAGACGAUAACAGUGCCUUAGUGCUCCGUCUUGCCUGUAGAAUAGUGACAUAGCAUCCCCGUGUACAAACUAGCAAUAGUGCGAGGUGGACCUGAUUCCAAAGGAGUUCUAAGUAUGUUUACGUCUUCUGGCUAUGACUGUCAGAAUAUUUGCCUUCAGGACAGACAAACUCUGACAUAGCAUCCCCGUGCACAAACUAGCAAUAGUGCGAGGCGGCUCUGAUUCCAAAGGAGUUCUAAGCAUGUUUACGUCUCCUGGCUAUGACUGUCAGAAUAUUUGCCUUCAGGACAGACAAACUCUGACAUAGCAUCCUCAUGUACAAAAUAGCAAUAGUGCGAGGCGGUUCUGAUUCCAAAGGAGUUCUAGGCAUGUUUACUUCUUCUGGCUGUGACAGUAUCCGGAUACUUGCCUUCAGGAGAGACAAACUCUGACAUAGCAUCCUCAUGUACAAGAUAGCAAUAGUGCGAGGCGGUUCUGAUUCCAAAGGAGUUCUAGGCAUGUUUACUCCUUCUGGCUGUGACAGUGUUAGAAUAUUUGCUAAAAUCCGAACCAUAUUGUUGUUAACUACGAUAAAUUAGUCUCCUGCCUUUAAUUACCGUUAGAUUUUGUUGUUGCUUUUGUUUGUUUAUGGUAAUGCCAGUGUUUGGGCUCCGAGUUCCAUACCUUACAUAUUAAAUAUCAUACAAGCAUUACAUAAUUUUAAUCUAAAAAUAAUAUAACAUUUCGAUAUCAAAAUGAAAUGGAACAACAACAAAGUGGAAAUAUAUACUAGAAGAGAUAAGGUAAGGAUAAAACGAUAGGUAGAUAUUCCGGCAUCAUAAUACAAAAAAGAAAAUAUGUAAUAAAAGUAUUAAGUGUCUCAAGUGUAAUGUUCUAGAACUCACAACCAAUGUUACCAUUUGUCGAAUUUUGUAUGUAAACAGUUUUUGUAAUAUAUGUAUUUCUCUUUUGUAACUUGUCUUGAAUGAAAUAUUUUACUCCAGUUUCAUUUAAUGUACUCUUUUGUAACUUUGUGUUUAUAUAUAUAUAAUUAAAAAUAAAAAAUUAGUUUGUACUAUUUAUAAUUACAAAUAAAACUCUUAUCCCAUUCAAGUGAACAGAAUCACCUUUUUGUAUUAACCAUUCUUUUAUAGUACUCCAUAGUUCGACGACUUUAUGAUAGUCAUAAAAUAGAUGCUAAAGUGUUUCUAGCUUGUGUGAGCAAGAAUUACAAAUAGAAUCAAUCAGUUUUAUGUUAUGUAACAAGGUAUUAGUAUAAUUAUAUGUAAAUAUUGUUGUUUGAUUUUUUUCAAAGAUCUAAUUGGUAAUUUGUGAUACUUGUUUGAAGAAGUAAAAACAAAUCCUUCUGAAUAUUUAAUUUGUGAUGUUGGAAUUAUAGAUUACUUAAUUAGUACUUUUAGAAAGUUUUGCUUCCCGAUUUGUCCUAUAAGGGGAGCUUUGUUUGUGGAAAAAUAGGAUUUUUAGCAGUUACUUUGAAUAUUUUGUUAUUUGGAUUCAUUUUUCCUUUUCCUGUUUAGAAGAUUUGACUGUCAUUAAAACCCCGUUCUCACUUGAACGAUUUUCUACGCGAAUUCCGUGCGACCACCAAAUCGUACAGGGCGUGCGGGAGUCGUACGGCAGUAUGUUGAUGAUUCGCACACGUUGUAGGGGUGUCGUGUGUAUUUCGGACAUGUCGCAUGCCGGUGCGACAUUUUUCAAAUGUUUAAAAUUAUCGUAUGGCUGUUUCUAGGUUCGCACAGUUCGCAUUGGUAGCAUAGAGGUUGCAAAGCAGUCGCACGGCAGUAUGAUAGGUCGCACGGGAGUCGUAAGUGAGUCUUAAGGGAGCCGAGAUGUGCGACUCCCAGCGGAUCCCCUGCGACUCCCGUGCGACAUCCAUCAGACUUCCGUGCAACUGUCGUGCAACCUGUGCAAAUCUCAUGCGAGCGUAUGCGAGUCCGGUGCAGAAAGGCAGUCGCAUGGCAGUUGCACAAGUGAGACUGCGCGGGGGGGGGGGGGCU